ACCAACUUAUUAACAUUUUCAUAAUUAUUGCUAAAAGAAAAUGCUUAGUUGCGAUUUUAUUAUGUACAUAAUUGACAGUAUCUGUACGUAUCGGAGUCGGCAGCGAUGUGGAAAUUUUUAAUAUUUAUCUGUUUAUGUGGCCUUAAUUACCAAAUUGUGACUUCUAAUUUAAAUAAAGGAAAUUCAACUGCUUUGGAUUACAAGAGUGAAUUCGAAAAAUUUAAGAAUAGUAAUAAUCGCAAAUAUCUUCGCAAUUAUGAUGAAAUGCGAAGUUUAAAAGCCUUUGAGGAAAACUACAAAGUUAUUGAGGAACACAAUCAACAUUACCAGGAUGGUCAGACAACCUUCAGAUUGAAACCGAAUAUUUUUGCUGACAUGAGUACCGAUGGUUACCUAAAGGGAUAUCUGCGCCUACUGAAAAGCAAUGUUGAAGACAGCGCUGAUAAUAUUGCUGAAAUUGUUGGCUCUCCUCUGAUGGCAAACGUACCCGAAAGUUUGGAUUGGCGAAGUAAGGGAUUUAUAACACCAUCGCAGAAUCAACAAUCCUGCGGCUCGUGCUAUGCUUUUUCCAUUGCUGAGAGCAUCGGUGGACAGGUUUUUAAGCGUACCGGAAAAAUAUUGAGUUUGAGUGAGCAACAAAUCGUGGACUGCAGUGUCUCACAUGGAAAUCAAGGAUGCGUUGGAGGCUCCUUGCGAAACACAUUAACCUAUUUGCAGAGCACUGGCGGCAUAAUGAGGGCGGCCGAUUAUGGAUAUGUCGGAAAGAAGGGAAGAUGUCAGUUUGUCUCGGACCUAUCUGUGGUCAACGUAACGUCCUGGGCCAUACUUCCUGUACAUGAUGAACAAGCGAUUCAGGCAGCAGUUACUCAUAUUGGACCGGUAGCCAUAUCCAUUAACGCAACUCCAAAGACCUUUCAACUGUAUAGUGACGGUAUCUACGAUGACGUUCUGUGUUCAUCAGCUUCUGUAAAUCAUGCAAUGUUGAUUAUUGGCUUUGGAAAGGAUUAUUGGAUUUUAAAGAAUUGGUGGGGUGAACUUUGGGGCGAAUCUGGUUAUAUGAGAAUUCGAAAAGGAGUAAAUAUGUGCGGAAUUGCUAAUUAUGCUGCCUAUGCUAUAGUUUAAAUACAUUUUAGUCCAUUCAAAAAAGAUUACUGUUAAUAAUUAAAUAUUGAUUUAAAAGAAGAUUUAAGGAAAUAACUUUUUCUUCAAGAUUUCUAAAAUUUCUUUAAUUUUGUAACAUUAAUAAAAAUAUAUUUUUCGAAUAAACCA